AUGUCCAAGGUGGAAGUCGUCGAGUGGACACCGGGGCAUCGUCAUGUCAGAGACUGGGAGUACUUCUCGAGCGACGAAGAGAGCCCCGAGUACAAGGUCGUGGCGGGCACCAUCGGGCCGGACCCUAAGGGCAAGAAGGUCAAGGAGUUCCUCCAGUUCCUCGACCGUGAGACCUUCGAUGUGGCAGUUCUGGAAGGCCCCGGCGAGGUGAAGUGGUCUGACGUGGAACGAUGGGCGGAGGCCAUUGGGUGGACAUGCAUCUUGCAGGGCUUCCUAACAUCUGAGUUGGGCGAGGCUAUGGUGCGACGGAGGGUGGCUGGUUUCGUCUGCCCGAUGAGCAAAACGGCAGAAGCUGUGGAGUUUUUGAUGGUGAAGGCUGUGACCCCGCCAGCGAUGGGCUCCUACUUGCAGAAGGUGCAGGAGGGCAAUUGCAUGGGUGUCCACAAGUUCGAGACAGCGAUCAAUGUGGGCCAGGAGGUGAUGCUCCCGGUGGUGGCGGCACACGCUUGGGUCAGGGGCGAGAGGCAACACGUGUACUCCAUGAGCGGACCAUGUCGGUGGCCCUUGCUGGACCAGGCGGAGAAGAAGAUGCAGCGGGUGUUUGUCUUGGACAAAGCAGCUCCGGUGGGGACGGUGAGGGCACUGUCUGGCAAGGAGAUUUGGAUGCUGCAGGGCCGGCGCUUGGAUGAGUGGGAGAUGGUGUCACAGAUCGGCGAGCUCGAGACGGAGAAGGAAGGCUGCAAGGCUACAGGCAGACGGACAGCUCUGAGCUUGAUUGGGGUCGCCGCAGAGCUCGCAAAGGAAGGCCACGAAGGAAAGGCAGGGAUGUGCGUCGACUAUGAGGACUACAAGUCUUUGGGCGCCCUGCUCAGGUGGUUGCGGAAGUGGAGAAGAGGAGAUUUCCGACGAGCCGAACCCCAACGGAAAGCUGGAGGUCUUGAAGACCAAACGUCGGCCGUGUGGUUCUGGGGAGAGGAGCUAUGGCUGGAGGCCCUGGGGCUUGAGGAGAGAGGCUCCGGGAACUUUGAGGGCGCCGAGCUGAGGUGCUGGGCUACCUCGGGCCGAGACGCCUGGGGGGUCACAGUGCAGAUGCUCAAGUGGAUCGGGAAACGAAUGGCCACGGGAGCGGAGUCCUUCGGCGAGCUCAAGGUGGACUGCAGGAUGGUGCACGCCGCCAUGGUGACGGGCUGGUUCUUCAUGCUCCGAGCUCGUGAAUUCGCGGACUCCAAUGGGGUGGACCAGGAGAUGAUCCUCCGUGGACAAGAUGUUUCUUUGACCACUCGAGGUCAAAGUGAUGAGCCGGACCCGCAGGAGGUGACGAUGCAGUUCAGGAAGACAAAGGCUGACCAGGAGGCAUUCGGCACGUGCAAGACCAUGCUCAAGACCGAUGUCGAGCACGUCUGUGUGGUCACGGCCUUGCAUCGUUUGCGAGAAGUGGCACCUCGUCGCUUCGGGUCAGGGCCAGAGAGUCACCUACCCUUGUUCAGGAUUGGGGGCGCGUCGGCACUCUACCAGGCCACCGGGGAGAUCGAGGUCGUGAAGAGGACUCUGAGAUGGACGUCCUCAGCGGUGCAGAGGUACCUGCACGACUCGGGCGAUGUGCUGUCAGGCCUGGCGAAGAAGAUGGCGGAGGUCGACCAGCAUGUCCACUACACCUAG